AUGACAUCUGAAGCCAAGAAAAGAAAAAAUCAAAAGAAGAAGCUAAGGCAAAGACAAAAGAAAGCUGCCGAAAAAGCCGCCAGUCACAAUGAACAACCACUUGAAUCGCCAGAAAGUACGAUUAGCAUCAGUUUCAACAAUAACUCGUUGAGUAGAACAGAAUCUGAUAUCACUCCAGAGUCCGACGCUCUCCCCGUCUCAUCAUCUACCAACAUCUCUUCAGGUAAUGACAUACAACUACAAGCACCUGAUACUCAAGAGUUUCAUAACGAACUUUGUAACGAAUCUAGCCAACAUGAUAUCGUGGCGGACAGAAGCGAUUUUUCGAAAAACUUAAUGAUUGAAAAUAACUCCUUUAGCCUCCAAACAAAAUUAAAUGGAUCUCAAGAAGACGGUAAAACUGCCUCUGAUAUUCCUUCUAGUGAACCAUCACCCAAUGCAAUCACUGUGGAACCCAACGAUAAUAACGAAAAUGCCCGAAAAGCUGCUGCUAUAUUCGCUGUUAACGAGGAUGUUUCCAGUGAUAAAGAGUGUGGAAAUUAUGACAGUGUAAUAAUAUCAUCAAAUGAUGGUACCAAUUCUCACAAUAACCAUCCUCUCUCUUCCAGUGGCAGUCUCCUUUCUCCGGAAUUACCUUCUGAUGAUGCAUCAAGUUACAACAUCUCCUUAGGUACAACGGAUGAUGACAAAAGUGACGGCUGCCAUUACAAUGAUAAGAAUAUAAAUUUAAAUUUAGGUAAUGCGUCUUCCCAAGAACAUUCAAGGAAAGAAAGUGCGCCAUUGAAAAUGGAAACACAAGAACCAACUGAAGAGAGAAUGCAAAACAUGGCUCACAAAGAAAAUACUAACGACUUAUAUGUAUCUGAUACGGAGGCAUCCGUAAAUGUAAUGAAAUGCUCCGAUGAUGAUGCUUCUAAACUUUUUCAAGAUGACAACAGUAAUCAAAAACUUCCAUGGGAGGAAGAUGCAGAAAGACCACUUUUUAACGAGAGCAUAGACGAAUCUGAAGAGCUAGCAGCAGAACUAGAACAAAGUAAUGAAUUUUAUACAGGAAAAGAAAAUGCAAACAAUUUCGACAGUUCUAUGGUUAGUGCCGACCGGAAGUCAAGUUCUGAAGAGAACCUAGAAGAAAUCUCUCAAGAACACAACAAACAGGAAAUUGACGGUCAUGCUGGGAAGAAUAUCGAGACUGAAAACUUUACAGAGAAAAAGGACAUCAAAUCGCCAUCAUCUGCUGAAGUUGGUAUUCUAGAAACCGGUAAUGAUAUUCAAGAUGAAACUGAUAGUUUGUUUGCACAGGAUAGCGAAGAAUUAGGCGAAGCCUUACCCUGGGAAUCCGGUGGCAAAAAUGCUGAUGUAACAAGUGAAAGUAAAAAAAGCGAUGAAGAUCUGUUUGCUGCUGAUGAAAACAAUGAAAAGCUUCCUUGGGAAAUUUCUGAGGACCAAACCUCAUCGGGAAACACCAAAAACAGUACACAAACAAGUACUGAGAAAGUUGCUGAGCAGAAAUUUUCAUUUUUAGAGGACGACGACGAUCUUUUGGAUGAUGACAGCUUUUUGGCAUCUUCUGAGGAAGAAGAAGCAACCAUUGAUACUAAUACUACAGAGAUUUUGAGUUCAAAACCAGUUGAAGAAAAGAAGGCCUCGAGGUAUGAACCUGUAGUCGAACAUAAGACAAGAAUGCAUCAAGAACAAGCUCAAUUCACUAAUACUGCUGGGAUUGUUACACCACAGCAGUUCCACGGUUUGGCUAAGAAUGCAUCAAAUGUGGCUAGUCAACAGGUUAAUGUGCCAAGUACGGUGGGUCCUAAGCCUCCCGUUAUUAAGGACAGUAAUUCUAUUAUUAAAAUCAAUGAGGAGAAGAAAAAAUCAGAUGCUUAUGAUUUCCCAUUAGAAAUUAUUUCUGAAAGUUCUAAGAAGGGACACGCAAAGCCAGUUGCUGUCCCAACCCAAAGAUUUGGUUCAGGGAACUCUUUCAGUUCUUUGGAAAAACCAAUUCCGCAGAGCAGAAAAGGAUCUAGCAAUUCAAAUAGACCACCUGUUGUCCCAUUGGGGGCACAGAUGUCCCGGCCUUCCAGAACUAACUCAACUGUCUCGCAGACACCUCUUAAUUACGCUUUUCCCAAUCCAUAUAAAAUUCAGCAACCACAACAGUCUUCUAUUCAACAAGGUAUACCUUUAUUAAAUGCAAACAUACCGCCACCAACCUUACAAUUAGAUACAAAUUCUUCUGCUCCUCCAAUCCGUGCAAGAGGAAUCAGCAAUGCCUCCGUAGGAAGUACAACAUCUUUUGGUGCUAGACGUCCAACACAAUAUGGUAUUAAUAAUGGGCAGUCUCCGGUUUCACCAUAUGGACAUCCCACUAUAAAUUUGCCAACAGCAAACAAGUAUGCACCAAUUUCACCCACGGUACAACAGGGACAGUAUCCGUCAAUUUCACAGAAUCUUGCUGCUCCAGUCGUAAAUAAUCACAAUUUCGUUAAGACCCAUAGAGGCCAUACAAGCUCUAUUAGUUCGUAUACACCAAACCAGAAUGAACAUGCAUCUAGAUAUGCACCCAAUAACCAACAGUCUUAUCAAGUACCACAAGCCUCACAACCUGUUCCUCCUACGGCUGCACAUUCAAACUUUCAAACCCAGCUUCGAAAUUCCUAUGUAGCGCCUAUGGUACCUAGUGGUCAAAUUGCAGCAAGUAUUCAACCUCAUAUGAACAUUCAAGCACCUGUAGAUGUUUUACCUUUAAUGCCCGUACAAAAUUCUACAAACUUACAACCCCGUGCAAUCAACGUAGUACCUGCAAAUUCUCUCCCCCUUGCAAAUGCACCACUAUCUGGGAACAUUUUUCCAGAAAGUGUUUCGCAACAAAGUGCCAAUAGCGUUGCACCAUUGCAACGGAAAAAACACUCUAUGCAACUAGACAACGGGGCUUUACUAAAUCGUCAGUUUCCAAUCUUCCAUUGGAGUUCUUCUAAUAAGGUUGUAUAUACGGUUCCAUCCAUCCCUGAUCAAUCGCAUUACAUGAUUUCAUCUAACCUUGUACAGGAUAUUAGGGUGGUGUCAGUUGAUCAGAUAAUCAAACCAAACGAUAUGCUAAAAAGCUUCCCGGGUCCUUUGAGUAGUGCCAAAUUAAAGAAAAAAGAUUUAAUCAAAUGGAUGGAAACAACAAUCAAGGCAAUAUCCGCAAAUGAUUCAUCUGCUGAUAUGACUAUAUGGAAACUAUUAGAAAUGAAACUUUCGGAUAAAAUUAGUUGGGAAAAUAUUUCAAAGCUAUUAUACAAUUCUGAUGAGCUUUUGAUGUAUUUAUCCCAACCUUUCCCAAACACUGAAAUAAUCCCAAAUGCCUAUAGACUGGAUAUAAACUGCCAAAUGAGAAUUUUGGCAUUCUUGCAAACGGGAAAUCACGAUGAAGCUCUUCGUUUGGCUUUGGGCAGAAGGGAUUAUGCCAUCGCGUUAUUGAUUGGAAGUUUGAUGGGUAAGGACAAAUGGUCAGAGGUAAUCCAAGAAUAUUUAUACGAAGAGUUUACGGCGGGACCAAACGAUCAAAAGGUAUUGGCGAAUUUUCUCUUCCUUAUCUUUCAAGUAUUCGUUGGUAACUCCAAAAUGACUUUAAAGAAUUUCUAUUCCAAUGAAGAGGCUAGUCAAUGGGCACUGACAAAUUGGAAGAGCAUCGUUGCAGCUGUUCUCAUUAAUAUCCCAGAAAAUGUUGAGGAACCACUAUCUAUACCACCUGUUGUACUCGAAUUUUUGAUAGAGUUUGGUAUCUUUCUCACCAAAAAGGGUUUAACAGUGGCAGCCAGUACAUUGUUUAUCAUCGGCAAUGUACCACUUUCUAAUGAGCCAGUAAUGGCAGAUUCAGAUGUUAUAUUUGAAAGUAUUGGAAACGUAAAUACCUUUGAAGGCGUUUUAUGGGGUGAAAUCUACGAGUAUAUUUUCUCAUGUGACUCUAAAUUCAAAGUAUUUCCAUCUAUUUUGCCACAAAAAGUAUUUCAUGCGUCUCUUUUACAGGAGCAGGGUUUGACAAAUCUAGCUACAAAGUAUACCGAUUACCUUGGCUCCUCAAUUAGAAAACUGCCCAGAAAAAACGCUUUAACGAUAAACCUGACUCGCGAAUUAAGUGAGGUGGUUACUAGACUUUCCGAGUCCAAUACAGGGUGGCUUGCAAAACCUAAACUAAGCAGCGUUUGGGGUCAGCUAGAUAAAUCCUUCAAUAAGUAUAUUGGUGGGGAUGAUGUUGAUGCACUCAGUAAAAAAAAUGAAAAGAAGAAAGUUUUUGAUGGAUUCACGCCAGGAUCUUCUGCCAAUUCAUCAACCGUAGACCUUACUCAAACAUUUACACCUUUCCAAGCUCAAGUCACUUCGCAGAGCUAUGUAGACACGACAGCUCUUUUGCAUAACACUCACAACGCACCAAUAAACAGUGUGCUGCAUUCAAAGCCUUCUCAUGUGUCCAAAAACUUGGCUGAAGCAAGUUUACCGUAUACUCAUAGGGUUGGUGAUAGUUUACAAGGGUCUCCUCAGCGUAUUCAGAAUACACAGUACGCCACCGUUGAUCCUCAAAUGACUUCUUUGAGAAGGGUUAGAACAGAUCAACAUGCAAGCGAGAUGACUUCAAAGAGUCAGCAAAAACUAGACAAAAAACCUACGCCUCAUGCUCCUCAGUCUGGACAAAACUAUAGCAUCCCAAUGGAAAAAUCAAACUCAAAUGCACCAUCUCUAUUUGCUGACUUUACAGCUCCGCCUAAAUUCGGAAGAAUGCCUUCUAAUUACAUGUCUAGUCCCGAUUUAGUUAGAAGGGAGUCCAUCAUAUCUACAGGAUCUGAUUUUCUCCCUCCUCCUAAAGUUGGAGGAUUUAUGAAAACAAACUCCUCACAAGGAUCACUCAUGUAUUCACCAAGUGUGGAAGCUUUGCCUAUCGAUCCUAUCGUUCCACCAGAUCAUGAGAAACGAUACGAUGUUUCUAGCAACAAACAUCCCCAAGAGAGCACGCCCGAACAAGAGUUUCACAUACCAGAAUGCAAUAACAAUACAGACCAAAAUACAUUAAAAGACUUCGCAGAGGUUACAGGUGAAACAAUGGAUAUUGAAGCAUCAGGCCUUGAUGAUGAAAAGAGCACCAGUCCCAUACAGAUCAACAACCAGGCUACCUUCCCAGUAAGUCUUAACCAAGAUGUAGUUGAUGAAGGUCAACUAAUACUUGAAUCUGAUGAUGGUGUCCGGAAUGCAGAUGCAUCGAAAAUAGAAAAAAAUCUUUCUGUGAAUGAAAAUGAAAAAAGUGGCGAGGAGCAGCCACAAUGUGUUCCAAAAUCAGUAUCAUCUGCAUAUCUACCAUCAGCAGAUGGCGUAUCACUGAAAAACGAACCACCUGCUGAAAAGAAAAGUAAUGUUUCAAAACCAGUACCAUCGACAUAUUUACCAUCUGCAGAAAAUGCCUUAGCAGAAGAUAAACAAAUGUCCCAGAAGCAAGAUAUAUCAUUGAAAAGUAAACCAAUUUCUCAGGAACAAAAUAUUUCAGUAAAUAUUCAAGCUACUGUAGCUACACCUAUUGAGCAACACAUACUAACCCAGAAACCAAAAAGUACUACCGCCAACAAAAUGCAUUAUUCACCGUAUAUGCCUCAAACUGCUGCUGCGAGUGCAAAUGGCGAUGUACCAACUAUUCUAGAAGCGCCACCUACUAUAUUUGCGGGAACUCCUCAUGUUCAAACGUCCAGCCCGUCACCUUACUCUCCUUUAUCCAAUAAAACAAAUGAAAGCACUUUCGAACCAAUGGCCCAAUCACAUAGCAAUAGUAAUGCUUUAGAAAAUAGAUUCAAUCCAAUGAAGAAAGCGGAAGUUGUCGAGAAAGACACGUUUGAACCUACUAUUAGAAAGGCUUCAACCAAUCAGUACAGGGCUUUCAAACCGUUAGAAUCUGAUGCAGGAAAAUACAAUGAUGUUAUCGAGGAAGAAUCCGAUGAAGAUGUUAUGUCUGCUGAUGAGGGGAAGAGCAGGAAGCAAGAAAGAAGGAAGGAUGAGGAUACAAAGAAGGAAUCAAAAUCUGGUAACAAGGAUAUUGAUGACAAAUCUAAUGGUUGGUUUGGUUGGUUGAAGAAAGAUACCGGUGACAAAAAAGUAUAUAAAGCCAAGUUAGGCCAUAAGAAUACACUAUACUAUGACGAAAAGUUGAAACGUUGGGUAAAUAAGAAUGCAACAGAAGAGGAAAAACAAAAAAUUGUUGAAAGCUCAGCGCCACCACCUCCCCCAAUCGUUAAACGUAAAGACGGUGGACCAAAGACAAAGCCUCGUUCAGGGCCCAUCAAUAAUUCUCUACCUCCAAUAAAUUCUACCACAGUUGUCCCAAAUAACCCAAUCACUGGUGAACCUUUGCCAAUUAAGUCAUCACCUUCUGCAGGGCUCAAUUUAGAGAAUUCUCCUCCACCAUCUUCCCCUACACCAAAUAUUUCUGGUGUAAAUCUGACCGGUAAAAAGGCUAACGGUUUAGAUGACUUAUUGAAUUUGGCAGGAGGGCCCAAACCAGCAAGCACGAGAAGGAAAAAGAAAAUGACGAGAGGCUACAUUAACGUAAUGGAUAAUAUACAGUGA